AUGUCCUUGGUUGCGUGUUUAUGUGUCUUUUUUUUCAGACUACUCAAUGCGUUUUUCAUCCGGACGUUCUUUCAACCUGAUGAGUAUUACCAAGCACUAGAACCCGCUCAUCGUCUUGUAUAUGGCUACGGAUACUUGACAUGGGAAUGGCAUGAGGCUCUAAGGUCUUCUCUUCAUCCACUUCUUUAUGCAUUUGCUUAUAAGCUCUUUAACAUAUUCAUUCUGGAAUCCUGGGCCGUGGUUGUUGCCCCGAAAAUUAUGGGAGCAUUGAUCGCAACUACCAGUGAUAUCUAUACUUACUGGUUUGCCUCCCGUUACUGGCAGAGUCCUUCUGUAGCAAAAGUUGCACUUGGUCUCUCGCUUAUCAGUAGCUGGAACUGGUAUGUUUCUACACGCUCAUUUCUGAACAAUUUGGAAAUGGCCCUCACCGCUGCCGGCCUUUCAUAUUGGCCGUGGCAUCAAUACAAGCUAAUGCCAUUAUUGAUAUCAUGCCUUUUUGGAUUUCUAAGCUGCAUAGUCAGGCCCACAAACUCAAUACUAUGGGCCUUCCUUGCGGUGUGCCUUUUGGCAAAAAAUAUCAGAAGAUUUUCCAGAUUAGUCUCUCUCUUGGUGUCAGUCAGUUUGGUAUUUAUGUUGACUUCAAUGUUGGCCUCAUUGGCUGAUCGGUUCUUUUACGGUCGAUGGACGUUUCCUAUCUAUAAUUUUUUGGAGUUCAAUGUUUUUCGAAAUCUCCUGAUCUUUUACGGCUCAGCUCCUUGGCAUUUCUAUUUGCUUCAAGGUAUACCUCUCAUACUAAUGGGAUAUUUACCACUGUUUUGCCUUGCGAUCUACCAAUAUCGGAGAACAACACUUGUUGGCCUAUGUGUAUUUUUCGUGUCGGCGUUUUCCUUAAUUGCACACAAAGAGUUUCGUUUUCUCCAGCCACUUCAUCCAGUGAUGAUAACAUUGUGCGCCAAGACAAUCUACCAGAGAAGGCACAUCAAUCUCGCCAAACUUUUCGUCUUCGUGGUUGUCAUCUUUCAUCUGUUCAUUGCAUAUUUCUUUACCAGAGUUCAUGAGGCAGGUGAGAUUAGGGUCGUGGAAUUGUUGAGGGAUGACCCAAUGGUGGAAUCUAUUGGCUUUCUUACACCUUGCCAUUCGACGCCCUGGCAUAGCAUGUUUCACAGACCUGACUUGAUUUCGAAAUCAUGGUUUUUGACGUGUGAGCCACCUCUUCAUUUCGAAAGCGGCACUGCUGAAAACAUACAAACAUACCGCGAUCAGCUGGAUCUAUUCUUCGACGACCCAGUGACGUUCUUACAAAGCUUGCCAUAUGAGUGGCCGUCUCACUUAGUGUUAUUUCAACCAAUGCAGAAGGUGGCAAUGAGUGAACUCACCGAGUAUUAUGAAUGCAAGAGGGUAUUCAAUGGCUAUUUUCAUUGGGACCCUCGCCGCAGCGGCGAUAUUAUCGUUUAUUGCAGAAAAGAGAUCCUUAUGAUUUAA